UGCGGCGGCGACACUCCGCCGUGUCUCCGCCUCGGUUUGCCGUGCAGACAGCGAUCGUGGGACGGAUUGAGCUGCUGGCUAACAGGGCACAAACUGCUGGAGGCUUCUCCACCUGCUCAUUAUAUUAACUGUAAUCUCAUAAAGCGGCUCGGACGGACAGGAGCCGAGCGUUAGCGGCCGAGGAGAGAGGGGCAGCAGCUGGGAUGAAGGCGGCUCUUCAUCCGCGGUCUGUCAGGUUUAUUUUUAGCCGACAGACGAGAGGUGACAGCGGCUCUCCCGUCUGUUUAUCUCCCUCUCGGCCCUUUGUAAAGCCAGCUCUCCGCCUCCACCGCUGCCUCUUGGUGUCCUUAAAGGCAAAGUGGGCGAGCCGGUCUACUCUCCCGGCCACAGCGGCUCUCAGACGACGUCGCCCGUCGCCCUGCCGCCACUCCGCAACAACAACCACAACUCACUGACGGGAGGCUCUAAAGCCGCCAUGUCGGACGCUGUCCAGCUGUCGUCUCAGUCACAGGUCCACGUGCCCCAGGAGAACACCAACAAGCGUCCGGUCCUGACCUCCCAGCCCAAUGGCCUGGCUCCCAUCAGCUCCACCCGGCCGGGCCUCCCGCUGCCCGACCGGCAGACCUCGGGGUCCGAUCCAGCCCAUCACUGCCGCCAGGGCAGCACAGCCUCCAACAAGUCGACGGACGGCAAGCCAAAGCCCAACCCGCUGUCCCCGGAGCAGGCCAUGAAGCAGUUCAUGUCCAAGAUGUCCUCCUUCGAGCACCACGAGGUGUUCAGCUACCCUGAAGUGUAUUUCACUGGUCCCAGUGCGAAGAAGAGGUCGGGGGUUAUGGGCGGAGCCAACAACAGUGGCUACGACGACGAUCAGGGCUCCUACAUCCACGUCCCUCAUGACCACAUCUCCUACCGCUACGAAGUCCUGAAGGUCAUCGGCAAAGGCAGCUUUGGUCAGGUGGUUAAAGCCUUCGACCACAAGUCUCAGACCCACGUCGCUCUGAAGAUGGUUCGCAACGAGAAGCGCUUCCACCGGCAGGCGGCCGAGGAGAUCCGGAUCCUGGAGCACCUGAGGAAGCAGGACAAGGACUCGAGCAUGAACGUCAUCCACAUGCUGGAGAACUUCACCUUCAGGAACCACAUCUGCAUGACCUUCGAGCUGCUCAGCAUGAACCUGUACGAGCUCAUCAAGAAGAACAAGUUCCAGGGCUUUAGCCUCCCGCUGGUCAGGAAGUUCGCCCACUCCAUCCUGCAGUGUCUGGACUCGCUGCACAAGAACCGCAUCAUCCAUUGCGACCUCAAGCCCGAGAACAUCCUGCUGAAGCAGCAGGGACGCAGUGGCAUCAAGGUCAUAGACUUUGGUUCCAGCUGCUAUGAACAUCAGAGAGUUUACACCUACAUCCAGUCCAGGUUCUACCGAGCACCAGAGGUUAUUCUGGGCUCCAGGUAUGGGAUGCCGAUCGACAUGUGGUCUCUGGGCUGCAUCCUGGCCGAGCUGCUGACCGGUUAUCCGCUGUUGCCGGGCGAAGAUGAAGCCGACCAGCUGGCCUGCAUCAUCGAGCUGCUGGGGAUGCCUGGCCAGAAGCUCCUGGACGCCUCCAAGCGAGCCAAGAACUUUGUGUCGUCCAAAGGCUACCCGCGGUACUGCACCGUGACCACACUUCCCGACGGCAGCACGGUGCUGAACGGUGGGCGUUCACGGCGGGGGAAGGUACGAGGCCCGCCGGGCAGCAAGGACUGGAGUGCAGCGCUGAAGGGCUGCGACGACCCGCUCUUCCUGGACUUCCUCAAACAGUGUCUGGAGUGGGACCCGGCGCUCCGGAUGACGCCCAGCCAGGCGCUGCGACACCCGUGGCUGAGGAGGCGACUCCCAAAGCCGCCGACGGGAACCACCACGGGAGAAAAGACCUCCUCGUCCAAGCGGGGAACCACCACCGACGGCGCCUUCACCUCCAUCUCCAAGCUCGCCACCACCUCCUCCACCACCACCACUUCCUCCUCCUCCAAAACCAGGACUAACUUGGCGGCGAUCACCGACGCCAACGGGAACAUCCAGCCGAGGACGGUUCUGCCCAAACUGGUCAGCUGAGAGUGAAUGCGCCCCGCUCGCUGUGGUGGGAAAUGAAAGCUGUGCUCCCGAGCAACCGGCUGGAACUGAAUUAAACUGGUUGGUCCAGUUUUGAAGAGCGUUUGGUUUUGUUCAGCGUUGUUGGGGUGCAUUCAAGACAAAUCGAAAGUUGGCGUUGGGGUGUUAAAAUGUGCAGAGUGGCCAGGCUGGGACGUGAGCUGGGCUGAAGGAAACCUGAUCGAACCGGGGUGCGUUCAGACGCCUCGAAUUCUCAGUCCUGUCCGAAAAAAAGACGGGAGUUGUUUUACAUUUUCAGUGGCGGCCACACGUUUGAAACGACCGUGGAGCCGCUCGAGACAAUCAAAACCUAUCCACCACUCUGUAGCUCCAAACUCACAAACACAUCGACAAACAUGGUGCUCAUGGAGGGAACAAGGCUUUUUUAAUAUGUUUCUAGCACAGAAUCUUUUAGCCGAGUUGAUUACACACCAAAAACAACAUUUUCCGAUUUCAGUCUUACGAGGUUAUAUGUUCCGACACUUGGACGGCCUUAUGGAGAACGUUCACGAGGGUUGGUCCAAAAGUUCCGACACUUUAAAAAAACAAAUUAAAACUGUACCUGAUUUGAAUUUGUCCGCCUUCCUGUUGAAGUAUUCUCGUCGUGCAGCAAUACUCUGCUCCCAGUGCUCCUGCAACACCCAUUGGAAGACCCUUUAUGUAAACAUAUCAAGCACUGUCUGCAGUGGGUGUUGAAUUUCCUGAACUGUGUCCCUUUAGCUUGAAGGAAAAACAGUCUCAGAACUUUUCGAUCAGCCCUCGUACAUAGUUAACUGACAAAAAAAAGGUUAAUGUAUCCUCAUAAUUCUAAAGCUGUGCAGCAAUUAGCUUGCUGGUCUUCGUUUCAUGUCUGAAUGAAACAACUAAUUUUGCGUUGCUUCUCAGUUUUGGGGUCGUUUGUCGAUGUUUAUGAUAAUCAAAGAUCCGAGAACCCCCGACUGAACCGUCUACCUGUUAGCCGGCUAGCUUUCUUAGCCGGCGUUUGUUUUACAGUGUGUAGCUAGCCUGUGUUAUCACGCUAGCAUAGUGCCUGUCAGCUGGCUAACUGUUAACUGGCACUGGUUAGUCAUUAGACAGCUUUUUGUUUGUGUCUAGCUGUCGUAUUGCUACCUAUUUACCAUUUAGCUGGCUAGCAGUUAGCCUAGCACACUUUCUAAUCAGUCAGCCAGCGACAGCCGGCUCGCUGUUUUAGCCUUUUUUGGCAGUGUGGUGGCUAUCCUUAGCCUUUUUUAGCUAUAGCUUGUUAGCUUUCCACUGCCUGGCCUUACAAAGCACAGACAGAAUGACAUUUUUAGUUUCCACACUUUAGCGUUUUUUUUUUUUUUUUGUAGUUGUUUUAUUUAGGGUUAGCAGAUGAAGGAGGAGGAAAAAUGCCUGAAAAAGAAGGACGUUGAGGUUUUCAAACACCAUUUUGUUCCGCUUUAAAUGAACUUAAUGCGAUCAUUAAGGGCACAAAAUGGCCGUUGAAGGAGCAGUGAACAUAGAGAAGGCGGACGAAAGGUGGUUUUACAGACAAGUUAUAGAUAAAAAUCUAAUAAAAGGGCUGUUUAACCCUCUGAACCCUGGGUAGUUUUAUGAACAAGUAGAAAGAAUUAAUAAAACACCUUCUGACACUUUCAUAAAGCCAUAAAUGAAAAAACAGAAAGAAAAGUUGAAAUUGUUCUUUAAAAAAAAACAAAAACAACCUGGAAUCAACAUGUAUACGAUGACUUUAUAUUCUAUAGAUAUUUACAUAUUUCCGUGUUUACAGCCUCGACAAACUUUUUCAUUCUUAGUUUUUUACCGAAUCUCGUGCAAAUUUUUUGACAAGACACAAAGAAUGCAAUGAUUUUUAGGAAAUAUCACGAUUUUAAGCUUAGUUUUGGUUAACUUUACCAAUGAACCACAUGAUUCCUUCCUGAUUGGCUGUAAAUUGUGUAAUUUUAGCAUUUUUUAAAAAAACAAAAAAAGAUAUGACUUUCAAACCUGCUGGCGGGUUCUGGGGUUCAGAGGGUUAAUAAGGGAAUACGAAAUUAAUUUUAAAUAAUGAUUUUAUUGCUGGGAACAAAAAGAAAAUGAGGACGUAGAAACCUGAGGACACCAAAAUAUCCUCCAUAAUGAAACAGUGUUUAAAUUCAGAAGAGGUGGCGACACAAGUGGAACUUUACAGCUUUAAAUCCUCAAUUUAAUCCAAUCAAAAGUGUUUUCAUUGAGCACUGAUAGCCAGAAGUUACCUUCCAUAUUGGCCAAGUACAGAGAACUUAUAGCGUUCAGCUGUUAUCCAGCUAUUACAAGAAUCUGAAUGCUAACUGAAUGCUAGUAGCAAAUAGCAAGUUUUUCUUGGCAAGCUGCCAUUGUGUUGAGCUCUUCACAGAAGCUGUUAGCAUUAGCAUCAGUGUGGUUUUAACAUAUCCUUUAAAACAGAGCUAAGCUACCACUAGCUGUUCAGCUGCUAGCCACUCCUAAAUGCUUUUAACAGCUAGCAAAUUUUUAUCGUCUAGCUGCAGGUGCUCUCAAAGUUGUUAGCAUUAGCAUCAGUGUGAUUUUAAAGCAUUCUUUAAAACAGCUAGCUAACACUAGCCAUUCGACCUCCAGCGUCUAGCCACUAGCCACUGCACUGACGUUUCUUUUGUAUACAGUGAAGGUAGCACUAGCCUACUGCAUACUGAAUGCCUGUAGCAACUAGUAAGUUUGUAUCGCUAGCUGCAGGUGCUCACGAAGUUGUUAGCAAUAGCAUCAAUGUGGUUUUAAGGCAUGCUUUGAAACGGAGCUAAGCUAACACUAGCUGUUUGACUGCUAGCAUCCAGCUUUUAGCCACUCCUGAAUGCUUGUAGCAACUUGCAAGGUUUUACUGGCUAGCUGCAGGUGCUCACAAAGUCGUUAACAUUAGCAUCAAUGUGGUUUUAAGGCACGUUUUAAAAUGAGGCAAAGCUAAAACUAGCCGUUUGACUGCUAGCAUUCAGCUGUUAGCUACGACACUGAUGUUUCUUUUCUCCACAGUGAAGCUAGCACUAGCCUAAGCACUGCAAACUGUAUACUUGUAGCAACUAGCAAGUUUUUAUUGGCUAGCUGCAGUUGCAUUGAGCUCUACACCGAGAUGCUCACAGAAACUGUUGGCAUUAGCAUCAAUGUGGUUUUAAGGCACGUUUUAAAAUGAGGCAACGCUAAAACUAGCCGUUUGACUGCUAGCAUUCAGCUGUUAGCUACGACACUGAUGUUUCUUUUCUCCACAGUGAAGCUAGCACUAGCCUAAGCACUGCAAACUGUAUACUUGUAGCAACUAGCAAGUUUUUAUUGGCUAGCUGCAGUUGCAUUGAGCUCUACACCGAGAUGCUCACAGAAACUGUUGGCAUUAGCAUCAGUGUGGUUUUAAGGCACGUUUUAAAAUGAGGCAAAGCUAAAACUAGCCAUUUGACUGCUAGCAUUCAGCUGUUAGCUACGACACUGAUGUUUCUUUUCUCCACAGUGAAGCUAGCACUAGCCUAAGCACUGCAAACUGUAUACUUGUAGCAACUAGCAAGUUUUUAUUGGCUAGCUGCAGUUGCAUUGAGCUCUACACCGAGAUGCUCACAGAAACUGUUGGCAUUAGCAUCAGUGUGGUUUUAAAACAUCCUUUAAAAUAGAGCUAAGCUAACACUGGCCGUUCGACUGCUAGCAUCCAGCCGCUAGCCACUGCACUGACGUUUCUUUUCUCUACAGUGAAGCUAGCAGUAGCCUACUAUAUAUUGAAUGCUCGUAGCAACUAGCAAGUUCUUUUCGGCUAGCUGCAGUUGUGUUGAGCUCUUCACUGAGGUGCUCACAAAGUUGUUAGCAUUAGUGUCAGUGUUUUUAAGGCAUGCUUUAAAACAGGGCUAAGCAAAAAAUAGCUGUUUGACUGCUAGCAUUCAGCUAUUAGCUGAUGUUUCUUUUCUCUACGGUGAAGCUAACAUUUACAAGCGCAACUUUACGGCUUCAGUUUGAUCCAUUUAAAAGUUGUUUUUAUGCACAUUGAUUGCCAGAAGUUACCUUCCAUAAGAGAGAAAUCUCAGAGCUCAGCUGUUUUCCAGCUAAUAUAAGAAUCUAGAUCAAUGAAUUUGGAACAAAAUCCCAGCAAGCAGCAAACUCAAAGUGUGCUAUAGCAAACUAUCAAUGCUGCCGUGAUGCUAGCAGAAAUGAUGCUUCUCCAAAGAUGGAUGAUUUAAACAGGCGUCCACUAGGGGGCGAUGUCAUGUUUAUCAAACUAGCUGCUAGCUGUUUUACGUACAGGUGUCACGUUGUUGAAGUUUCCUUCUUAGUACUAAACACCUCUCAAGUAUUUAAAAUAAAAAUAACGUUCCUCUAAACCGGGCCCAUUCACAGCAGAUUGUGAUACGCUUCAUUUAAACGUGUUUUUAUGCGUUUCUGAAGCUUGUAGCGAAAUUUUACUGAAUUUCUGGAAAAGAAAAAAACAUUCUCAUCAACCCACACUCCAAUACAGUAAAGGUGCUAACUGGAAUCUUCUCAGUGAUGCCAUAACAGAACCUUUUUUUAUUCCAUGAAGAACCUUUUAGCAAGAGGUUCUCUAAAAAGCCAUUUCUUCAAGCUUGUUCCCCAACGGUGCCUCAAAGAACUAUCAAAAAAUGGUUCCUUUAGGUUCCAAAAAUGACAGCUUUUUGCUAAAAUAGGUUCUUCAAGGAACUAGUUUCUAGCUGUGUAACCAGACGUUUUUAAAUCGUUCUUAGGGUGUUUUCUCGAAGAUGAUCUAUGAUGUUUAAAAUUUUGGCUUGGGAGACGCGUGAAGUAACACAAAAACACACAAUGAGUCACUGUGACGUGGAGCAUAGAACCCUAAAAGGAGCCAAACUACAACUCAGGAAACCCUGAAUGCAUUUGGACUUUCUGUGUAUUUUAAGCAUUUGUGGUUCUUCCGUUAGAACACAUUUAACAUUUUGGGUUCUUAGUCAGACAGAACAUGUCAGAAGGUUUCGGCUUGGGAUUUGUGGAACUGUGAUGGACUUGUCUCAAUGUUUUCGUUCUUGCCACCAAAACAAAUAGUUCAAACGUUUAGUACUUAGUAAAGUACGUGACAAACUAUCCCUUAAAUUAGAGGUUCUCCAGCUGGUUUUGAAGAACCAGGGAGUCUCCUGAGGAACCGUUAUUUCUCUGAGAGCAUCACUUCCUGCUGUGACUGAGCCCCGAUUUCAUUAAAUAACAGAUUUAUUGAUCCAAGAGAACAGAAAGUAGUCGUAGUAGAACGUCAAAUCAAUUAAAUGGAUCUAAAUCAUAGAAUGAAGAGCAGUGAACUCACUGCUGAUCAGAGUUCAGUGUUGACCUAUGGCGAUCGGGGAGGGGACGAUGCUUUUUAUUUAUUUGCUACACUUUAAUAUUUAUUAAUCCACAUAUUUACUACGACGUGCGGUCCGUACUGUAUACUUGAAUGUGUGUGUGUCGUAUGUAGCAGUGUGUGUGCAAUACCCACAGGUUUUCUUAAAGCUUGUUCCCUCACACAAACACACACAUUUAUAUAGAGAUGUACACAAACACAGAAAACACAAUCUGAACGCACUCUGUAAAUGGAGGAGGAGGUGGAGGAUGAUGAAGAUGAGGAGGAAGGUCGGCACCAUCGGGCCGAGGACGUUAAUGUAGCACACAGGAAGUGGACGACAAAGGAACCCAUGAUGUUGAACACACAGACGCUACCUGCUCCGCCCAUCUCAGGGGAAGCUCCGCCCCCCUCCCGGAGGAAGAGGAGGAAGUGUGUGUGUAUGUGUGUUUUUGUUUAUUCUAAGGAUUUGAUUGGUUUGGUUGUGUUUUGUGUUUUUAUUUUUUGUUUCUGUGAGACAGAGUGCUGAGAGUCAUAACUUUGUGCCUUCAGUAUCUCAUCGCCAUGCCACGCCCACCCGGCGCACAGACAUGCCCACGGUGUCGGCGUUGCCACGAUCAAUCACUUAACGUCACGUGGCAUUGGUUCACGUCUUGGUGGCCGAAGUCUGCGUGCUGAUUGGCUCGGGGAAGGCGGCGUAAAAUCCCAACAUCUUCAAUCACAACGAAACAAAUCAUCUGACUCCGGUUCUAUUAGAACGUAGCAAAUAGAACAACGGAGACUAGCUAUGUUAGCACAUUAGCAACGGUGCUAACUGGAACCAAAAAUGGUUCUUCAUAGUGACACCAUAGAAGAACCACUUCGAGACCCUUUAAGCAAGGGCUUCUUUCAAGAACCCCUAAAAAAAACAUUCGCUUACGCACCCUAAAUGGUGCUUUAGGAAAAAUAGAUCCUUACGGGAAGCAUUGUUCUUGUAGCCACAUGGUUCUGUUUUGAUCUUGAAGAAUCUCUUUCACUAGAACCCAUUUUAGAUGUUGGGUUCUGGACUUUUGGUCAGACGGAACAGCAUUGAUCCGCCCAAACCUAACCAUUGUUUACAUCCGCUGUCACACAAGUGUUGUAAAUUAGAAGACUUUUCUAAAAUACUGCAGUGUUAGCAGACGAUGCUGUUCUAUAUGUCACUGGGACAUAGAAACAUUGUUUGAACUGGUGGCUUAAUUUAAUGUGUGUGAUGGUCGGAGGUCAUUAACCGCCACAGAAGUCUUUGUCAUGGUGCCCCUUUACUAGCCAAACUCCCACAAUGCUCUCUGAUUGCCAACAUGAACUUCCUGUAGUCUGAGUGACGCCUCCUUUAGUCUCUACAGUAUUAAACAGUAAGACGCUCCACCUGGUGGAACAACCAAGUACUACAGCCAAACUAACAUAAUUCAAGUGUGCAUUAACGGGCAAAAUGUGUUGGAUAUCAACAGAUGCUAAAUAUUAAAUGACUCAAUGACAAAAUUCAAUGGCAAAAAUGAACUUUUUUCACUGUUUCCUGAUGGGUUUUUGAAGCAGUGGUUCAAUUGAAACAACAGAUAAACUCAUUUUAAUUUGCUUUUUUGUCUGACUGACAGUCAAAAACCAAUAGAUGUUGAAUUUGGUGUCGCAGAAACUGUAAAUUUGGGAUAUUUUUCCUGAAGAAAAAAAAAUUACAUUUUUUAAAAUGUUAAACCCUCCAAACCUGACGGUUUCUGGGCCCAGAUAGAUCUAAACAUUUGGAAAACAAUAUUCCAACUGCUUCAAACUUUGUCGCACUACUCACCAUGUUGAGUGUAUCAACAUGCUGACAGCUUGUAAGUGCUCUGUAUCCCGUUUUUGAGCCGUGCUACGUUUAUUUUAUUGAUGUAGUAUGGUUUUAUAGUUUCAAACCCACCGGUGGGUUUUACAGAUUGUUGCCACUCCAUCUUCUGCCCUGCCACCUCUUGGACUGUUAACCUGGACAUCCUAACUAUCUCGCUAUGUCCUGUCACCAUGAAUGUUUUUCUACGCUCCUCUCCAGAGCCGGCAUCACAGACCGAAGCAGCAGCCGCAGAAAGUAGCUUUAAACCGAUCAGCGCCGACGUGGACGGGUGUUUGUGUGCCGGGUCGGGGUGGCGGGUGGGUUGGGGGGUGUUUAUCACGGCUGCACAAUGUUCAGACACAUAUCAGCCAACUGUCGUCACUCGUCGCCUCGGGUCGGACAGGCGACGCCUGCUGAUGACAGGGCUAAGCUAACACUAGCCGUUCGACUGCUAGCGUCCAGCUGCUAGCUGCUGCACUGACAUUUCUUAUCUCUACAGUGAAGCUAACACUAGCCAACUGCUAACCGAAUGCUAGUAGCAAAUAGCAAAUUUUUACAGACUAGCUGCCGUUGUGUUGAGCUCUUCACUGAGGUGCUCGCGGAAACUGUUAGCAUUAGCUUCAGUGUGGUUUUAAAGCAUCCUUUAAAACAAGGUUAAUCUAACACUAGCCGUUAGACUGCCAGCGUCCAGCCGCUAGCCACAGCACUCAUGUUUCUGUUCUCUACAGUAAAGCUAGCACUAGCCUACUGCAUACUGAAUUGUAGUAGCAACUAGUACGUUUUUAUCGGCUAGCUGCAGUCACAUUGAGCUAAGUUGUUAGCAUUAGCAUCAAUGUGGUUUUAAGGGGCGCUUUAAAACGGGGCUAAGCUAAAACUAGCUCUUUGACUAGCAUUCAGCUGUUAGCUGCAACACUGGUGUUUCUUUUGUAUACAGUGAAGCUAACUCUAGCCUACUGCUAACUGAAUGCUAGUAGCAAAUAGCAAGUUUUUACAGUCUAGCUGCCAUUGCGUUGAGCUCUUCACUGAGGUGCUCAUGGAAGCCAUUAGCAUUAGCAUUGGUGUGGUUUUAAAGCAUCCUUUGAAACAGAGCUAAGCUAACACUAGCCGUUCGACUGCUAGUGUCCAGCCGCUAGCUGCUGCGCUGAUGUUUCUGUUCUCUACAGUGAAGCUAGCACUAGCCUACUGCUUGUAGCAACUAGUACAUUUUUAUCAGCUAGCUGCAGGUGCUCACGAAGUUGUUAGCAUUAGCAUCAAUGUGGUUUAAAGGCAUGCUUUAAAAUGGGAUUAAGCUAAAACUAGCUGUUUGACUGCUAGCAUUCAAUUGUUAGCUGCUUGACUGAUGUUUCUUUUGUAUACAAUGAAGCUCACUCUAGCUUACUGCUAACUGAAUGCUAGUAACAAAUAGCAAGUUUUUGCCAGCUAGCCACAGCUGCGUUGAGCUCUUCACUGAGGAGCUCACGGAAGCCGUUAGCAUUAGCGUCGGUGUGGUUUUAAAGCAUUAUUUUUUCAUGUUGGUACCUCAGAUUGCUCAGUUAUCGUUGUCAUUGUUGUGAUGAACUCCCAGGGCAUUUGGUUGAAUCUACCAAAGUGCAUUCCUUUACAAAGCUAGCUGAGAGCUAGCUGCUCAAACAGACACGCAGAUAGGAAGUUAGAAAGUACGACAGCAAAGCAAACAGUAAGUGGACAGGAAGGCAAUCAGAAGAGAAGCAGCCGCUGCCUUUCAGACGAUGAGGAGGGACAGAAAAUGCAACCAUGUUUUGUUUUUUUAAAAAUUUUACAGUCACACGAGAACACGACGUCUGGUUCAGCUGACCUCUUGGUAGCAUCCAGAAAGUAAUUCAUGUGUGAAAGCAGCUGUAGCCGAGCUAGCUUGCUAGCUGGUUAGCUUGCUAGCUCAUUAGCCAUUCAGCUUCUAUCGGGAUGUCUCUGCAGCCGGGAGUUAGCGGCUGUUAGCGUGAAACUGCGCUGUAUUUCUGUGACGUUUGCCAGCUGGGGUUUAUUGUGGAUUUUAUCUGUAAAUAAUGUGCAAAGUGUUUCAAUAACACAUUUUUUGGGGGGGAUUAAAUGUGCUGCUGUGCCACGCCGCGGCCAGUUUUACAACGUACUGUAUCUACUGUACAGAACACACAAGUUGACACUUUUCUAGUGAGCCUUUGUUAAAUUUUAUUGUGGUGGAAAAAUUAUUAUUAUUAAUAAAAACAAUUUUAUUGUUUA